AUGGAUAUAGCACCUGAUUUAAGUCAUUUAACCGAUGAUGAAAAAAAAAUAAUCGAAGCUGUUAUUAAUCGUCAAAAAGCUGAAGAAAAACUUGAUACAUUUAAAAUUAAAUCUCAUGAUAACGAUUAUUCCUCUCCACCAAUAGCUAUAUCUUCUCGUCAUUAUUCCCAAUCAAAUGAAUCAGGUGUAUUUUGUCAAGUUUGUCAAAAAACAAAAUUUGUUAAUGAGCACUCAUCUCGUCAAUGUUCAAUAUGUCAAAAACGUUUUUGUGUACGUUGUGGUUUUCGUUUAAAAUCUCAAUAUUAUGUUUGUAAUCAAUGUCGACAAAAGCAAGAACAUUAUUUUUCAUUAACAAAUAAUAUUUGUAAACAAUAUUUAUCAGAUUAUAUUUUAUCUAAAACACUUGAUGAAGAUCAAAUGAAUAAAUAUGGUGCUAAUCAAAAACGUAUUUUACCAAAAUUAAUAAUGCCUAAUGAUGAUGAUAUUUCAUCACCUGAAUCAAUGUCUACAUGUGAUAAUAAAAAUCGAUUAUUACCAACAGUAAAACAAGAUAAACGUUCAAUGAAUAUUUUACGAGAUUUUCAAUAUCAUUCACUUGAAGAAAGAGAAUCUGGUCAAGAAUCAACAUUAAAAGAUUCAGGAAUUGAUACAGCUAGUUCAAGUACAAUACUCAAUGUUAUAUCAUCUGAUCAAUUUAAAAAGCCAAUAACAUAUUGGUGUUCUAAUGAAACUCGAACUGAACAAAUUGGUAAUAUUUAUUUAAAAAAUAAUCUUUCAACCUGUGAACAUGAACAAAAACAAAUAAAUAGAGAAGAUAUUUUAAAUGCACUAGGCUUUAAAAUACAAUCUAGUAGUCAAUUUGAGAAUAAAUCUAUUACUGAAAUUAUAAAAGUAAUACGAGGAAGUAUAGCUGAUACUUAUGGACAAUUACAAAUUGGUGAUCAAAUACUUGAAUGGAAUGGAGAAAAAUUAACAAAUCUUAAUUCAAAUGAUGUUAAUAGAAUAAUUACACAAAAUUCAAUUCAAUCUCCACAAAUUCAUAUGAUUGUUAAAAGAUUAAUUAGACAACCAAUAUCGUCAAAUAAUGAGCAAAUUUCUCAAGAAGAUAAAACAAUAUCAUCAACAAUAGAGAAUAACGGUAUUCAAUUACAACUUUCAUUUCAAUAUGAUAAAAAAUAUUUGCAUAUUAUGAUAUAUGGUGCUAAGAAUAUUCCGAUUCAACAAGGUUUAUUUGCUUGUCAAUUAUCAUUGCAAUAUGGAAGUGAUACAUUAUCAAAAGAAGAAAAAUGUACAAAAGCUCAACCAUGUUCAUCUGGUAUAUGUGUAUGGAAUCAACAUAUAAUAUUUUUUGAUAUUGAGACUAUUGAUAAUAUUUUAUUGUGGAUUAAAUUAAUUAAUCUUGAACAUAAUCAAGAUAUUUUAGGAGAAAUAAAAUUUAAUAAAUUAAAUUUAAGUAAUAAACCUGAAUGGUUUUGUUUAAAUGAUACAUUAAACGGAUCAUUAUUCAAUCGUACCGUUCCGCCAGCGACAACCAUUCCAUCAACUGCUAACAAUCGUAAAAGACAAUUACCAGAUAUUCCAACUGUAAAAUUACAUGGACAUGAAGAAAAAGUUUCACAAGAAUUAUUUCAAAAAGCUAUGCAAAUAAAAUUACAACUUCAUACGCAAUCAAGAAAUGAUAAAUCUGUAAUAAAACAACGUAGUUUUGAUCAUACAGAUACUAUAGAAAGACAAAUGUGUGAUGGUCGUACAUCAAGAAUAGAUUGUAAUACAAGAAAAUCCAUGAACAAUCUAUUAUCAUCAUCAAAAGCUUCUUUAACAAUAAAUUCAAAAGAUAAACCAUUACGUAUACCAAUAAUAAGAGAUAAAAGUGUCCCAAGUUCAACAUUAUCAAGACGAACAACAAUAGUUGAACAAGAUGAAAUAAAUAUUGAAAAAACAAAAUUAAAACCAUAUGAAGAUAAAUAUCGAAGAACUAUUACAAAACGACAUUCUAUGGAAACACCCAGUGAUGAUGUUGAUUCCGAUGGAUCUGAAUUAUCAUCAGUUUCAAAAAUUAGCUCAACUAGUAUGAUAUCAACACAAUCAGAACGACCUCGAACUACACGAAAACAUAGUGUACAUACACGUAUACAGGAUCAUUUUCGUCAUGAUGAUGUAGUUAAAUUAAAUGAAGAAGAACUUCGACAAAUGGCUAUGCGUACAUAUGAUACAUUAACAAAUUCGAAUAUUGAUGAUCAAACAAAAGUCAAUGAAAUAAAUAAAAAACCAAUUUCAAAUGAGAAAACAGUUAAAUUUAAUCAACCUAAUGAUGGUAGUGUAUCAGAUUCAAUUUUAAGUUCACAAACAGAUUCAAAUAAAAAACGACGACCAUCAAUGUCAUCAAAAGCUUUUGUUAUACUUGGAUUAUCAAAAAAAGCAAAUAGUUCAUCCAAUAUUGGUUGUAAAAGAUAUGGUUUUCAAAGAAGUGAAGAAAUUGGUGUACAACCUCAUUUACGUAAUCGAGCAUUACAACGACAAAUAAGUAAAGAAAAAGAAACACCAAGUAGUGCUCCACCAACAGAUUCAUCUCGAUCACCAUUUAAUGGAGCUCUUCAACGUGAUCAAUAUUAUUCAAUGCCUCAUAAUAUUGAAUUAUGGUCUGGUGCACUUAAAUUACCACAUGAACAUCAAUUUAGUGAAUUUAUUGAAGGUUUAGGAACAGGACAAUUAGUUGGACGACAAGUUUUAGCUUCCCCAUGUCAUGGUGAAAUUCAAAUAGGUCUUCGUGAUCAUCAAGGUUUACUUGAAAUUGAAAUAGUACGAGCAAGAAAUCUACCUCAAAAAGUCAUCUAUAAAACACCUCCAGCGCCCUAUGUUAAAGUAUAUUUACUUGAUGGAAAAACAUGUAUUGAAAAACAACGUACUCGAACAACACGUCGUACACUUGAUCCACUUAUACAACAAACACUUAUUUUUAAAGAAAAUUUUCGAGACAAAGUUUUACAAAUUAGUGUUUGGGGUGAUUAUAGUAAAUUAGAUCGAAAAGUAUUUAUGGGUGUAUGUCAAUUAGGUUUAAAAGAAAUUAAUUUAAAUUCAUCUCAACAAAUUCUUAGUUGGUAUAAAUUAUUUUCAGCUAAUUCUUUAAUGAAUAGUUAUAUGAUUGUACAACAAUCAUCAAAAAGAAAAAAUUCAUUAGCAUAA